UUGUUAGGUUAGGAAAGAAUCGUGUAUUACUGUUACUGAUUUUUGCCUUUUUCAUUCUUUUUCCUUUCAACGUUUCUGUGCCAAAAAGAGUAGCUAUUCUGACUUAAAUAUGUCUAUAUCUUGAAAUUAAAAGUGAAUUUAGUAACUCCUUUACAAUCCUCUUUCAUUCAUUCUAAUUUUAUCGCUUGCCAUCAGAAUCAUUUCGUUCUGUCCCAACAAGAGCGGUCCACAUUCCUCGAUAAAGCAACGUUUUUAAUGAUACAUCACAGUUCUAAUUAAUUUCUCAUACCUCCUCAACUUGAACUUAUUAUCGUUUAUCCUCCGCAAGUUGAACUCUUUUUUUAGAAUCGAGCAUUACGGUCUCUUAGUCAAGUCAGAAUGAAUGAUCGUUUUGAAGAAGAUAGAUGUUCUGUUUACUGUGGCAAUCUAAGUUCUAAAGUCACAGAAGAUGUUUUGUAUGAGUUGUUCUUGCAGGCUGGUCCAGUUGCACGCGUCACCAUACCAAAAGAUCCAACAGGCUGUAAUCGCGGCUUUGCAUUCGUCCUCUUCUCGCAUCCUACUUCAGUCAACUAUGCUGAAGAGCUGUUGAAUGAUAUUUCCUUAUUUGGUAGGAAAAUUCAUGUUCGAAGAAGGAACAAUUUCCAGGACGAGCCUCCUCCUCAAAUGGCUCAACAAGAUUUCGCUCUGAACGUCAGUGCACUAACACCAAUGAACCAGCCAUUCAACACUGGUGCUCUGACACCAGUUGACCAUUCAUUCAUGCCAUUUCCACCAACAAUGCCUUUUGGAAAUUCCAUGUUUAAUCUAGCACCUCUAGGUGUCUCUGCCUAUCCUAGUCAAAUGAAUAAUUUUGGUGGACCCCAGCAAAAUCAGGGAUUUAACCCGAAUUUCAAUCAAAAUCCUGGGCAAUGUGACAGCAAUUUUGACAGAGGAAGGGAUUGGAAUAACGACAGGUUUGACAGAAAUGAUAGGGGCGAUAGGGAUUUUAAACGGCAUGACCGAAAUUACAAUAGGAGAGGUAAUGAUAGGUUUGAAGAACGAGGUUACAGUAGAAAUGAUGAUCGAGGCUACAAUAGAAACGAAGACCGAGGCUACAGUAGAAAUGAAGAUAGAGGCUUUAAUAGAAAUGAAGACCGCAAUUUUAAUCAAAAUCGUAGCCACUCGGAUAGAGACUACAAUGACAGAUCUAAACACAGUCGAGAUUCCAGCAGAGGAUUUAACCGAGGUAAUAGUUCAAAUGAUAGGAGUUCUAGCCAUUCAAGAAGGGACUUUCCCUCUUCUGACAACUCUUCCCAUGGCAAGCGAAGGCGGUACUGACCAGACUAAAAAGAUCAGAAAUAGGAUGUGCCUCAUUCUUGAUUAGUGAAGUAGACUUAAUUUGUUACUGACCAAGCAACCCUCUUCAUUUUUUUAUUUAUCUGAAAGAGCCCUUGCAGCAUGUAUUCAAGCAAUAAUAGUCAAAACUGAGAAAGCCUUUCCAGUAACUGAUCUCCAAUUUUUAUUAAAUUCUUCCCCAUUGCAUGAAAUGGAUGAAUGCAUUCUAAAUAUCUCGUUACAAAUUAAGACCCUUUAUCCAUCUCUGUAUCAUAUUUUUUGAGUUAGAAAAUACAUUUAAUCAUUUCCCUGUACUUAGAUCUCAUAUCAUAAGUUUACCUAACAUGGUGUACAGCUAAAUGAAUAAUUAGAGGUCAAAAUAACAACAUAUUAUAUAAAAAACUCAACUCAUAUCUCACAAAAAUUAUUUUCUUUAUCAUUGUAAAAUGUUUUCACUUUUUCAAGAUCGAACUUCUACUAAAAUAGUACCUAAGGUUUGGCCUGGUAUAUUGUGAAUGCCUAUUGGAACAUUAUUAUGGAACAUUGCUUUGCACACAAACAUUCCCAAGUUCUAAUUUAAGUUUUCAGAGCAUUCUAAAGGUGUGAUCACUGCUAAGAUCAAAGUAAAUAGGUAGUAAUUUCUUCUCUUUAUACAUAUUUUUGAACAUUUAAUCAUGAAAAAUUGAUUGCCUUGCAAUGGUGUCUCUCUUAUAGUACUUUGAUUCAUUAUUUGCACUUCUCUUACCGUGCAAAAAAUUUCAUCUUAAAUAAUUCUCCUCCAGUCUAGUAGAAGACUACUCCCAAGAAAUGUUUAGUGCAAAAGAAGCAAAACUAUUAUUUUCUCUUAUUUUCCCCAGUACAAAUUAAGCUCAUACAUUAUUUUGUAAGAAUGUGGUAAGUUUUCAUAUUAUUUGGUUGAAUAAUAAUAUGUAUAAAUAUUA